UGGAGCAGGGAGCAGCGCAGGGUCCUCUCCUUCUUCACGAAUAUGGAGCCGAGUUUCACUGUUCUUCCUCGCGCAUGGGACUAAACCACGGGACAUAUGAAGUUAGAUUUUCCAAUGUAGACCCGAGCCGGAGCUCACCCAGCGCAACCACUGUCCUCCAGAGGAGGAAUGCCCGCUCCUGAGCAGAGCCCUGGCACAGAGGAGGGUCCUGUGCUGAAGAUCAGACCCACGGGGCGCAGCAGCAGUAUGGAGAAGGACACCACCGCCAACAACAUCCUGGCCUCCGUCAAAGAGCAGGAGCUCCAGUUUGAGCGGCUGACUCGGGAGCUGGAGGUAGAGAGGCAGAUUGUGGCAAAUCAGUUGGAAAGAUGCCGACUCGGGGCCGAAUCACCAGGCGCAGCGAGCAGCAGUUCGUCUGACAAGUCUCUGCCUUGGCGAGUACCAGAUGCCUCCACCUCGGGGGAUGCCAAAUCUCGGAUGACUGACAGCUCCCAGUCGCCUAGCUACCGCAUCAGGCCCGAGUCGGAGCAGGUGUCUCUGUACUCCCCGGAGCAGUCCUCUCUCCAUGAAAGUGAGGGGUCCGCUGGGAAUUCUCGGAGCUCCACUCAAAUGAACUCUUACUCGGACAGUGGCUACCAGGAUGCCAGCAGCGGGUACCACAGCAGUCAGACCCUGGGCAAGGGGGAUCUCCGGAUGCAGCACUCGUACCCCGGAGUUGGCACGGGCACGAGCACCAGUCGGAAUGCCAGGGCGGAGGGCCAGACUUCAGCGCAGGUCUCAGCGGUUACUUCAGCUGUCCCGGGCCGGGCCAUGCGUAGAGUCUGCUCGGUCCCCUCCCGCUCCCACUCCCCCGCCUACACCAGCCCGUCACGUGGCUCCUCCCUCCGCACCUCCGUCAACAGCCCCUACAGCUCCCCCAUCAUCACCGAACCCAAACCCUUAACCAGCAUCUUCUCCACGACUCUCCCGACUGUGCAACGCUCCAACACCACCUGCGCCGGCUCCUCCCCUUACGCCACACAGAAAAACUCCCCGUCAGGACUACGCCGCGUGGGGUCUGCGAAUUCGAGAACGGGGAGCAGGAACACGUCGCCGUACCAAGCUUCUGCGUCAUCCUCUGGGCGCAUGGGUUCUCCGUUAACCAUGGGCGAGAACGCCAACGCGCCGCUCACCAAGCAGCCGGUCCAUUCGUCGUCUCCGGUGAGGGCGAGCAUGACGGCGGUUCCACAGCACUACAGCUCCACGCUGCCUCGCUCCAUGCUCCACAGCUCCGACCCAUACGGACCCCAGAGUUAUGAUAUUUACGAGAGGAUGACGCGCCCGGAUAGCCUCACAGGUAUGCGGAACUCGUACGCCAGUCAGCACAGCCCACCGGGACAGGACAUGCGCUCGGCCAUGUCCCCUGACCGUCACAUCGCUCCCAUAUACGAGGACCGCACGUACCAGGGGCCACUGUACCGGAGCACCACACAGCCAGGGGCCCUGUACCGCAGUACAUCAGGUGUGGGCAGUUUGCAGAGGACCUCCAGCCAGCGCAGUGCUAUGACCUACCAAAGAAGCAACUACACGCUGAACUCCACGCCGACGUACGCAGACCCCUACCGUACACAGACGCAGUACCGGCCCCUGGAUUCAAGCUACGCACGGCAGGUUAUCAUGGACGAGGAUGCUACGCGGUCACCUUCUAUAGACAGUAUUCAGAAAGAUCCGAGGGAGUUUGCGUGGAGAGACCCAGAGCUGACGGAGGUGAUCCACAUGCUCCAGCACCAUUUCCCCUCCGUACAGGCCAACGCAGCGGCCUACCUACAACACCUGUGCUACGGAGACAACAGGGUCAAGACUGAGGUGUGUCGACUUGGAGGAAUCAAACACUUGGUGGACCUGUUGGAUCACAAAGUCCUGGAGGUGCAGAGGAACGCGUGCGGAGCUCUGAGGAAUCUGGUUUACGGCAAAGUUAUGGACGAGAACAAAGUGGCUGUGAGGAACGCCGGUGGGAUUCCAGCUCUGCUCCGACUACUGAGGAAAACUGUGGACGCGGAAGUGCGAGAACUUGUGACAGGGGUGCUGUGGAACCUGUCCUCGUGCGAUGCCGUCAAAAUGACAAUCAUUCGUGACGCCUUAAACCCUCUGACCAACACUGUGAUCAUCCCUCACUCGGGCUGGAGCAGCAGCACGUUUGACGAUGACCACAAGCUCAAGUUCCACUCGUCUCUGGUUCUGAGGAACACCACGGGCUGCCUGAGGAACCUGAGUUCAGCCGGGGAGGAGGCCAGAAAACAGAUGCGCACUUGUGAGGGGCUGGUGGACUCUCUGCUCUACGUCAUUAAAGCCUGCGUCAACACGUCGGACUUUGAUAGCAAGAUCGUGGAGAAUUGUAUUUGCACUCUGAGGAACCUGUCGUACCGCCUGGAGCUGGAGUUGCCCCCCUCGCGGAUGAUCGGGGGCAGUGAGGUGGACGGGCUUUUAGGAUGCGAGUCUCCCAACAAAGAAGAAGACUCCAGCUGCUGGGGACGAAAGAAGAAGAAGAAAAAGAGUCCACAAGAAGACACUUGGGACGGUGUGGGACCUAUACCGGGCUUCUCCAAAUCUCCAAAGGGUGCUGAGAUGCUGUGGCACCCCGCUGUGGUGAAGCCUUACCUCACACUACUGGCCGAGAGCUCCAAUCCCGCCACUUUAGAGGGGGCUGCCGGCUCGCUUCAAAACCUAUCAGCGGGCAACUGGAAGUUUGCGGCGUAUAUUCGGGCAGCGGUGCGAAAAGAAAAAGGACUGCCCAUUCUAGUGGAGCUGUUGCGAAUGGACAAUGAUCGCGUGGUGUGUUCGGUCGCCACGGCGCUGAGAAAUAUGGCGCUGGACGUUAGGAACAAGGAACUCAUAGGUAAAUACGCCAUGAGGGACUUGGUGAACCGGCUGCCUGGGGGGAACACCACGCUGCUUUCGGAUGAAACCGUCGCCGCCAUCUGCUGCACGCUGCACGAAGUGACCAGCAAGAACAUGGAGAACGCCAAAGCCCUGGCCGAUACCGGAGGCAUAGAGAAACUGGUCAACAUCACCAGAGGCCGAGGGGACAGGUAUUCUGUGAAGGUGGUGAAAGCAGCAGCUCAGGUGCUCAACACACUGUGGCAGUAUCGGGAUCUACGAACCAUCUAUAAGAAAGACGGCUGGACCCAGAACCACUUCCUCACCCCUGUGUCCACUCUAGAACGAGACCGGUUCAAGUCUCAGCCCGCGCUCCCCACCAGCACCAUCCAGGUCUCCCCCGUCAACCACCCGACCGCCAGCGCCACGUCCUCUCCCGCCAUGUUGGGCAUCAAAGAGAGGAGGGACACCCUGCGGGACUACCAGAGGGCGCAGUCAACUAUGCAAUUUUAUAGUUACCAGGGAGACAACAGUGUACAUAAAAACCAGUAUACAGGGUCUGGGAAGCCUUCACCGUAUUACUACUCUUCACCUACAAGAGAAGAGCCAAGACGAACACAGCCUAUGUAUUACACGGAUGAGCCUGGCAGGAGGAACUACGACACCUACCGAAUGUACCUGCAGCAUCCCCAUGGUUACGACGACCUCUACAUGGACGAGGUCAUCACGUACCCCCCGCCCGCCGUCGACUACAGCUCGCAAACACACACACACAAAACAAACUAUGUGGACUUCUACGCUAGCACGCGGCGACCAUCUUACAGACCUGACCAGUACCCGGGCUCGCCUGAUUCCUGGGUAUAAUUCAUUCCAUUAUCGAAUUUCUGGGAACAUUUUGGGAGCACAAAGAAAACUUAAAAGACUUCAUGAACUCGGCUUUAAAUAUCGAUUGUGUGUUGUGUGUACAAAAUGGUGGAGUUCGACAAAAGAUGGAAGAAGGAGGACGGUAUGUGUGCCAAAGAAGAAGAAAGUCUCGGGAUGUUUUUUUAAGUUAUUUUUUCAAGUAGAGAAAAGAAUUAGAUUGGGAAUUCUAGUUGGACGUUCUAGUAUUGUCUAGAUCAAUAGAAGUUAGUUUUUUUCUUUAGCGUGGUGAAGUUAUGUCAGCGAGGGUGCGCGGCGAGAAAAGCAGAGAAGAAGAAAUAUGUACGUGCCGAAGCCCAAGGAUCAUGAACUCCGUAACUGUAAAAAAUGAAACUGUAGACUUAUGUUAGAUUGUACAGAGGGAUCAAAACGUGUACCUGUACUUACUGUUGCAAAAUGUGUAAUGCCAUGGAGUCUUGUACAUUUCUUUCACUUGUAAAUAAGAGAAAAAAAUGAAAUCAUGUUGGCUGGUUUACACUCAUCAGCACUGGUUCAACAAUAAAACUCGUGCCAUGUUAAAGAUCUCUAUAGAUAUAUAAAUAUGAUGAAGAAACUAUGUGGAAAAGAUGGCAUUAUAUCACAACCAUGAUAAAAUAAUAAAAAGGUCAGUUUUGUUUUUUAAAUGA